ACUCCCUGGAAGGUUGUCAACAGCAGGAGCAGCCGGCAGUGUUCAGACCGACCGGAGUCUGGACCACAACGAUGAACUGAUUUGUCUCUUUGAUAGCUGAAUAUUCUUCUCUUCUUUUGUAUUUAUUUGUUUCUUCUCAUCAUGCAAUGACACGGGACUCUGUGGAAGGUCAUGAUGGAAACCCUGUCAAUAGCUUGGAAUUUGCACACCUGUGACCAGGAGGGAGAUGUGGCAACGCUGUUGAAGGAGGGAGUUGCUGACACCGACACAAACACACAUGUCCAUGAUUUGUUUCAUGAAGAUGCACAGGGCUGCCAGCAGCCCAGCCAGCCGUGGUGGAGGAUCAAACUGUUUGUGUGGGAGCCGGUGCUCUUUGGUACCUGGGAUGGAGUUUUCACCACCUGCAUGAUCAACAUCUUUGGUGUGGUGCUGUUUUUGCGCACCGGCUACCUGGUGGGGAACACAGGGGUGCUGCUCGGGAUGUUGCUUGUCUCCUUGGUUGUGCUGGUUGCCUUAGUGACGGUAAUGUCAGGGAUUGGUGUGUGUGAGCAGUGCGGUUUUGGGAGUGGAGGAAUCUACUCCAUGAUCUCCAUCGUCCUGGGUGGCAGGGUCGGGGGCACCGUGGGCCUGCUUUAUGUAUUUGGACAGUGCGUAGCUGGAGCCAUGUACAUCACAGGUUUCUCUGAGUCGGUGGCGGAGCUGCUCGGUCUACAGAGCCAGUGGGGGGUGCGUGGCAUAUCGGCAGCGGUGCUGCUGGCACUGCUUGGAAUCAACCUGGCCGGUGUCAAGUGGAUAGUCCGACUCCAGCUGCUGCUGCUGGCCGUGCUGGCUGUCUCCACGCUGGACUUUGUCAUUGGCACCUUCACACACCUUGAUCCAGAAAAUGGUUUCAUAGGUUAUUCAGCUGGGCUGCUCAGCAGCAACACAAUGCCAGAUUACACCCCGGGAGAAACCUUCUUCACAGUCUUUGGGGUCUUCUUCCCUGCUGCUACAGGGGUGAUGGCCGGCUUCAACAUGAGCUCAGACCUCCAGCGGCCUGAACACAACAUCCCUGGGGGAACGCUGGCAGCCGUCUUUACUUCGUGGUUCCUGUAUCUGGUCUUUGUCUUCCUUCUGGGGGCCAUCUGCACCAGAGAAGCUCUGCACUAUGACUUCUUAAUAGCAGAAAAGGUCUCCUUGGUGGGCUUCCUCUUUCUGCUGGGCCUCUACAUCUCCUCUCUGGCUUCCUGCAUGGGCGGCCUGUACGGAGCACCCAGGAUCCUCCAGUGCAUUGCCCAAGAGAGGGUCAUCCCUGCGCUGGCCUUCCUGGGAAGAGGGAAAGGCCCAAACAAGACUCCAGUGGCAGCUAUCUUUCUGACCAGCCUGCUUACCAUGGCCUUCAUUUUCAUCGGUCAGGUUAAUGUGCUGGCCCCCAUCGUCACCAUAAACUUCCUGCUCACCUACAGCUUCAUCGACUACUCCUUCUUCAGUGUGGCCAUGAACCUCCAGCUGCAGGCUAAAGAGAAGAGGGAAACUCUCGUCCUGGCCAAACGAAACCAGCGUGGGUCAACCAGGCAGAGCUCUCAGCUUCUGAUUGAGGCCAAUCUUCCAAGCUAUGGGAGUGGAGGCGAGAGUCCGCAGGGUAAAGGCACUCUGUUGGAGUUCACCAAGGACAUGGACCAGAUCUUUCCCCCUGUGUCAGCUGUUGAUGCUGGGUCUGAGAAGACCUCCUACAUGCCAGAGCUCAGCAGUCAAUACGAGGGCAGAAAAGCUAAUGUCACCACAAAGCAGAAGCUAAUGGACAGCUUUGGUUUGGACCUGAACAGCAAUAUGUUCUCGGAAGAGAAAGGAGAGGAAGCCGAGGUGCAGUGUGGACCCACAGAGCCCAUGGCUGGAGAAGAACCACAAGUCAAAUGCUGCUUAAAAAUUAACCAUGCUGAGCAGAAUUCAUCUGCUGACCCUCACAAUCACAGCGCAGGUGUUGGAGGUAAAGCCGAGCACCAACGCUUUGAGAUCAAACCCAUGAAGGAUUCAUUGCAUGCAAAGUUCUGCAACCACUGGGCUGCUCUUAUCGGGGCAAUGAGCUCCAUAUUGAUUAUGUUUGUCAUUCAGUGGGCUUAUGCAUUAGCAAACAUAGUCUUUGCCUUGCUGCUCUUCUUCUACAUCGGCAAAACAAGUCCUGGACUGCCGAUAGGUAUUGCAGCUCGAUUCAGCUUUUUCACAUGGCUCAAAUCAACAUUGAAUAGCAUCUGCAGGAGGAACGGAUCUCCUCAGGAUGAGAUCGUAGUCACCCCCUCUCUGUCUGGGGUUGGGCUGAAAACCAAGCAGCUCACAGAGGAAAACGCUGACUUUGCCUCUCGCCACCGCUAUCACCAAUCCUCAUUCAUCAGGGUCAACAACAUGGUGCAGCCACCGAUCCACUGACUGACUUAAAGACUGCCUCUGCGACAAGCUGUCAGCCCGAAACCAAACUUUCUGCCUCAAACCAUGUCUUCAGUUGUCUUGUGGGACACAUUAUGCACAUGCGCACAGUGGCUCAGAUCAUUUUUCCUCCAUAUGUGUAAACUUAAAAUUAGGUCUAAAUAUACUUUAUGGCUUUAACUUUUGAAGUAUCACAAUCUUUGUGAAAAAAUGUUGUUUACAGAUUACUGUCCUGCUGGGUCACUUGCAGGAAGUCCAGAUACCAUUGUGUUCGUGUGGCUUAAAUAUCUUGUGUACACUUGGUACAAUGGUUUCAUUAAAAUAUGUUCGUUAACUUC